AUGCCAGGCUUUCCUAGUCUCGAGAAAAUCAACGACAUCAAGAGCCAUCACUUCGAGAAGCCUGUCAAGAGGAUCUAUGAUGGGUCCGAUGUCACCUUCUUCCUGACAUCUCUGGCGUACCGAGAUAUUGUGACAUUCACGCUACAACUCAACCGAUCUGUCGUGCCACGGAAACAAUCCGUCGAUGGGACGACGAAGGUGGUGACAUGGCCACUGGGGUCGAAAGACGUUACGUAUUCCGAUGCUGUCGAGAGGUUACGUGCUCUCUUGACGAGGCUGACCAAAUUCGUCGACGAUGUCCCGCCAGACACCGGUCCGCGACGGUUCGGCAAUUUCAGCUUUCGCAAAUGGUACAAACUCGUCGAAGACCAACUGGAAGAACUAUUGAAUGACUGUCUUCCUCAAUGGCUCGUGCCUGCUUACGAAGAACUGGGGGCGUACCUGUUGGGCAGCUUCGGCAGUGCACAACGGCUGGACUAUGGCACCGGGCACGAGCUCAGCUUUCUGGCAUUCCUAGGCGGCUUGUGGAAGGUGGGCUUCUUUGCUUCAACAGAACCAGGCGUGGAAGAGAGGGGUAUUGUUCUGGGUGUCUUUGAGAUGUAUCUCUUCCUGAUCAGAAAACUCAUCAUGACCUACACCCUGGAACCGGCUGGGUCGCACGGCGUCUGGGGUCUCGAUGACAACUCCUUCCUACCAUAUAUUUUCGGUUCGGCCCAGUUGGCACCGGCCAUCACAGAAUCCGAUGACACUCCAACAGAAGGCUCGCUCCCGGACGCUCCCGAGCCGGGCUGGGUUAGCAAGUCGAAUCUGGUCGCAAAGGAAAAAGACAAAAACCUGUACUUUUCGGCCAUUGGGUUCAUCUACGAUGUCAAGAAAGGCCCCUUUUGGGAACAUAGCCCGAUGCUGUACGACAUUUCUGGCAUCGCUGGUGGUUGGGGCAAGAUCAAUAAGGGCAUGAUCAAAAUGUACAACGCAGAGGUGUUGGCGAAAUUCCCCGUGGUGCAACAUUUCCCAUUUGGGUCCCUGUUCCGAUGGGAGAAGGAUCCUGAGGCUAGGCCUCCCCCAACAUCGACUCAUUCUGCCAGCCAGCCACUGCGGGAUCCUACGGGUGCGCAGUCGGCAACUACAGUACGGCCAGGAGGAGCGCCGCCAGGCAGUGGCACGGCAGCUCCCUGGGCCGGGACAGCAUCUCAACGUCCUAAGGGCUUUGUUGACGGCGUCACCAAGGCGCCAUGGGCCAGCCGAAAUCCAGCGCCGCCGCCUCCAAGAGGUGGCUUUGCAGCCGCUCAAAGACGGACUAUGCCAUCCCUUCAGGAGGCAUCGAGCAAGCCCGGUCAAGAUAUUCAAACAGCCCAGAAAUAG